AUGGGUUGGUUUUGGGCUGAUAGAAACGUACAAAAUCAGGUUAGUAAAUGUCCUAUUGAUCAUAAAUCAUUUAAACAAGAGCCUUCAGCUUCGGAGAGUGCUUGUCCAAUAAAACACUCUUCUUUAGUAAGCGAAUGUCCUAUCAAGGAUAACGAUGAAGUGUUGAACCCUCUUAAUAAUAUGCCGAUGGCCAUUUCGUCAGAACGUGCACCAGGUCAGAAGAUAUCAUUAUCGACAGAAAGAACCAUUUCUUCCAUUCCUCGAGGUGAGCUGGAAGACCAAGGACUCUGGGAAUACCCAUCGCCGCAACAAAUGUUGAAUGCGAUGUUGAAGAAAGGAAAAGGCCAGGGUAUUCCUGAAGAUGCCGUGGAGUCCAUGGUGGGUGUUCACAACUUCUUGAAUGAGGGUGCUUGGCAGCAAAUCUUAGAGUGGGAACAAAAAUAUACUGAGAGAACGAAAAUAGAGCCAAGAUUGUUAAGAUUCACUGGUAGACCGCAUGAUUUAUCCCCUAGAGCAUCUAUGUAUCUUUGGUUGGGAAAGAUUUUCCCAGAUACAUUUAAUACCCAACCUCCAUUCGACAGGCAUGACUGGACUGUGUUGAGGUCCUUGGGACGAAGUCAAGGUUGGGAACAAGUCAGAUACGUAAUUGACUACUAUGGUGCUCCAGAUGACGAAGAAACAGGAAUGCCAGCAUUUAUCUUGGAUACAAGACCCGCAUUGGAUAACCCAACUAACGCAUAUGAUAGAUUCGUUCAUUGGUCUCAACCUCUCUGGAAAAGGGCAAUGGGUGAAUUUGAUGAUUUGUAA